AUGAAGCUGGUUUGGAUUCUCGCGCUUGCAAAUGCUGUCGCAGCCUCGUUCGGCAUGGAGCUACUCGAAGACAUUGCCAAGUCAUGCUCGUGCGACACCGACUGUCCGCAAAUCACGUGCUACGCCGCCCCCGUGUGCACGCGCGGGCGCUGCGCGUACACGCAAAAGCCCACCGGUGCCAAGUGUCCGGGCCAGAGCUGCACGAACGGCGGCGCCUGUGACGACGAUGCCAACGACUAUUGCAACGACAAGGCCGAAUGCAUCAGCGCUUUCAAGCCGUCGACGAGCGUGUGCCGGCCUUCCAGUGGCCAGUGCGAUGUCGCCGAGAUGUGCACGGGGUCCUCGGGUGCCUGUCCUAUCGACAGCUACGCACCUUCGACGAUGGCGUGCUCGGGCACGUGCAACAGUGGUCCAUGCGAUGACCAAGACUACUGCGAUGGUUUUGGCAGCUGUAUUGACAAGUUCUUGCCGUCAACCGCCGUCUGCCGCGUGUCCAAGGGUGCUUGUGACGUUGCAGAGACGUGCUCGGGGACGUCGGGGUCGUGUCCCGUGGACCAGUUCGCCUCCAAGGACAAGUCGUGCAGCGGGUCGUCAAACGGUGGCGCGUGCGACGGACAAGACGUCUGCGACGGCAAGGGCAACUGCGUCGAUAUGUAUUUGCCAUCCUCGACGGUCUGCCGCGCGUCCAAGGGCGAGUGCGACGUGAGCGAAAAGUGCACGGGGACAUCGAGCGCAUGCCCUGCCGACGGAUUUGCGGGUGCGACGACCAAGUGCACGGGCACGAGCAACGGCGGCGCGUGCGACGAUCAGGAUUUCUGCGACGGCAAGGGCAACUGCGUCGACAAGUACCGACCGUCCACGUUUGUGUGCCGCGCCGCCGACGGCAGCUGCGACGUCGCCGAGACGUGCUCGGGCUCGUCGAGCGCGUGCCCGGCCAACGCGUACGCCUCGACCUCGGUCACGUGCUCUGGCAAGUCGAACGGCGGGGCGUGCGAUGCGCAAGACUACUGCGACGGCAAGGGUGGCUGUGCGGACGCGUUCCAGAACUCCAAGUUUGUGUGCCGCGCGUCCAAGAGCGACUGCGACGUGGCCGAGACGUGCUCGGGGACUGCGGGCUCGUGCCCGGCCGACGGCUUUGCCUCGACCGCGGUCAAAUGCACAGGUACCUGCAACGGCAACCCGUGCGACGAUCAAGACUACUGCGACGGGAAGGGCAACUGCGUCGACAAGUACUUUGCGUCCGACAAGGUCUGCCGCGCGUCCAAGGGCGACUGCGACGUGGCCGAGACCUGCAACGGCAAGUCUGGUCAGUGCCCUGUCGACGGCUUUGCGUCCACCUCAGUCAAGUGCUCUGGCAAGUCGACGGGCGGUGCGUGCGAUGCGCAGGACUACUGCGACGGCAAGGGCAACUGCGUCGACAAGUAUCAAGACUCCAAGUUUGUGUGCCGCCCGGCCAAGGACGCGUGCGAUGUCGCCGAAACCUGCUGCGGCUCCAAGGGCGCGUGCCCGGCCGACACGUUCGCGGGUGCGACCACCAAGUGCACGGGUACCUGCAACGGCAACCCUUGCGACGGCCAAGACUACUGCGACGGCAAAGGCCAGUGCGUCGACAAGUACCUGCCGUCGGGCACGGUCUGCGGCACCAAGGGCAACCCGUGCAUCUUGGCAGCCACGUGCACGGGUGACAUGGGCUUUUGCCCUCCCGAUGACUUUGCGCCGCCGUCGACGUCCUGCACGGGCACCAAGAGCGGCGGCGUCUGCGACGGCAAAGAUCUCUGCGACGGCGAGGGGUCGUGCGUCGACAAGUUCCUCAACGGCGUUGUGUGCCAAAAGCCCGUCGGGUACAGCCGCCCGACCUACUGCAACGGCAAGACGUCGAGUUGCCCGGUCGCGAGCUUUCUCAGUUUGCGCGAGGCCAGUGACGACGACGUGGCGGCCACCGAGCAGUUGCUGGUCGCGAUGCAGCCGUCGUCGCCGAUGGUGCUGCUCGGUCUUGUCUGCGUCGUCGCCGUCGGCGUCGCGCUCGUGACCGUGCGCCAGCAGCAUCGCGCGACGUCGCAGCACGACUACAUGGAGCUCUCCAUGUAA